AUGAGGGAAGAGGGUAUGUCUGUAGCAAAAGCAGCUGAGAAGUGUAUGAUUCCACGUAGCACUGUUUAUAAACUUCUAAAAGGAUAUAAAGAGAGGCCUGGCCCUGUUUUACUAGAAACCAAGUCAAAGGGGCGUAAUAGAGAUACACCUCCCAAAUUCGUUCCUGAACAUACAACCUUUUGA